GGCGCUGCCGCCUCUCUGUUUUCUCUCCCGAGCUCCGGUCUCUCCGUACGCAGCGCUCCCGCGGGAAUCAUGGCAGUCUAGCGGCGUGCAGCGGCAACAAUCGCAGCGGCGAAUCCGGCAGUGCAGCGGUCAAGUGCACUGGCUCUAUUUGGCAAAAUGGCGUCCCUCGUGGCAUCCACCCACAGCUCUGCUGCUGUAGACAGCAUAACCACACCGUUCACCAGCUCACCAGAACCCCUGACCCGCUCCGCUUCGCCUCUGACCCUCUGCCAUGUCUGUGGUGUCUCAGAUGAGUCUGGAGGACGUGGGGGCCCUGAUCCUGGGGCCCUCAUCUCUGAUGGCUGACCCCUUUGGGCCCCUUCUGGACGAAGAUGAGGAGAGUGCUCUGUCGGAGGGGUGGUCGUCGCCCCUCUCCUCUUCCUCCUCUCUCUCGCCCCUCUCUCCCUCUCGUCACGCUUCUGUAGGGUGCAAAUCCGAGCUGCUGGCGCUCUCCUGGCCGCCGCAGAGCAAAGCAGGCGAUGUGUUUUCUGGCAUGGAUUGGAUGACGGAGAAGUUAGACCUGAAUGACUUUGACCUGGAUUCUCUCAUCGGAUCAUGUGAUUCAGACGAGUCUCCCGGUUCUCCAGAAGAGCUGCUGGCCUGUCUGGACACCGAGAUGGAUCUGGAUCUGGAUUCACUUCCGUUCGGCUCAACAGAGCUGGACCUGGCUCUGCCUCCACUGACCCUCGACCUUCAGGAGCCAGAAGAGGUCAAGUCUGAGCCUCCGGAUCCCAGCUUCACACUGGAGUCCGCCGAAAUCAUGCUGACUCCAUCCCACAUCGUGCUGCUGCUGACUCCCAAAGAAGAGGCGAGCGGCGCCGAUCCAUCCGACAGCGACAGUGGGAUCUUGGAUCCCGAACCCUCGCCGAAGCCCACGGGCUCCUCCAGAACCAAACCCUACUCCAGACCCGAGCCGGAUGCUGUGAAAGCCGUGCCCGGUGCUCCUAAAGUGGUGGAGAAGAAACUGAAGAAGAUGGAGCAGAACAAAACGGCCGCGACGCGCUACCGGCAGAAGAAACGCACCGAGCAGGAGACGCUGAGCUCCGAGUGCGCCGAGCUGGAGACGAGAAACCGCCAGCUCCAGGAGAAAGCCGAGUCCAUCAGCCGAGAGAUCCGGUAUCUGAAGGAUCUCAUGGAGGAGGUUCGGGCUUCCAAACACCGCAGGCGCAAAGCCCAGGAUGCUGUCAGCUCUGGUUAGGGUUAGAUGCUUCCCCUGCUGUUUCUGAUCUAAACUCAUGCAUUCUCUCACAUUCCCUCGAGUCGUUUAUCGUCCAGAAAGGGGCUCAUCAUCAGUCAGAGUUGUUACACUGAAUCUAGUGCUUGUAAAUAGGCUUCACUUGUGCAGUUUAAACUGGCUAAACAUGCUAGAUCUGUCACGGUGUAGUGUGUUGGCUGUAUGCUGUUUUCUAUUAAAGACGCCAGCAAAAUCA